AAAGCUUGUCACGCGCCUCUCUCUCUCUCGCACGCACACAGCUAUUGCCGUUGCGAAUCCCGAACCCCUGCUUUCUCAUACUGACCAGGACCACCUGCUCCGACGACGAUCUGCGCUACAGUUCGGUGACUAUACGGCAACAGGAGAAGCAUUUGAACAUCUGAAUCAUUGACAAAAUGGUUACCUUUGAGAUGAAUGAUCGAAAGAAGAUUGGAUUAGGGUUAACUGGCUUUGGUGUAUUUUUUUCGUUCCUUGGGAUUGUUUUCUUCUUUGACAAGGGACUACUUGCCAUGGGAAAUAUCCUCUUUAUUUCUGGUGUGUCCUUAACCAUUGGACUAAAAUCAACUUUGCAAUUCUUCAUGAAACGGAGUAAUUUCAAGGGAACAAUUUCAUUUGGUACUGGAUUCUUUAUUCUCAUAUUCGGGUGGCCUAUUCUGGGCAUGAUUUUGGAGGCUUAUGGGUUCAUAGUACUCUUCAGUGGUUUCUGGCCUACAUUAGCUGUCUUCUUGCAAAAGAUUCCCAUUCUUGGUUGGUUGCUUCAACAACCAUUUGUUAGAUCGUUGUUUGAUCGCUACCGAGGCAGACGAGUGCCAGUGUAAGACAGGAUCCUCUUAAUCAUAAUGUAGCAGCGAGUAAGUGCACUUGUAAUUGAAUGUAAAGAAAAUACACUGAAGGAGGCCUAACUCUUUAAGUACGCACCAUGAUGGAAGAAAAUGAUUGUCACUUCUAUGAUAAUAGUGCAAACAAAGGAAAUAGAGAGAAAGAAGUUUUGGUUUUGGUUUUGCUAGUUUCCUUGUUCGGGUCUCUCCUUUUGUAUUUCAUGCCUAGUUGGAAAUUGAAUUCAUUUGAUCAGGUCAGUUGCCAGAUGUGCGACUCCUAUUACCAUACCAUUUCAACUGGACAAACUUUGGGAAGCAUCUAAUUUGUACGCAGUAUUCUAUUGGCAUUUGUAUUGCAUUCAUUAUAGGAAUAUAACGACGAAUUUAAAUGUUUUCAUGUGAAA